AUGGAUGCUUGGAAAGAUUUAUGUCUAAAAGCGUUUGAUGGUGACGAAGAGGCGAACCAUGUAAUCCUUUUCCUUGAAGGAUGUGGAAAACUGACAUCGACAGGAUACGCCGUGUCAGCAGCAGCAGCGUCGUCGAACAAGCCAAAGGACGAAGAACUAUUGGAGGCGUUAGGAUUUGUCAAGGACGAUGGUACAAUCUACACAUUGCCAGGGGACCAAUGGUCGCAGUACCUGGAAUCAAGACGACAUUGGCGUAUGGAAUGGCAUGCUGAUCGUCAGCGUGAGUUUGCUAGGCAACUACACGAGUGCCUGGCUGAGGUGAAACCAUUAUCAACAGGAGCAGUAAGCGAUCCACAACGCCUUGCCUUGGUCACCGAGUUUGCCCAACGAUUUGCCACUGAUGUGGGUUCGAUACCUCUUUUCCGUGGUCUUGUUGGUUUCAUUCGAUAUCAGCUUUUCAAGAAUCGGCUUGCUGAAUGGCGUUGCUAUGAAUACGCACUCACACAAAAUGGCCAUGAUACCAUUGUCGAAUAUGUACGCUUCCUUAAAGGUGUUCUUGGAUUGGAACUGGUUUAUCCGCCUACUACGCAACAAUCAUCUCAAUCAGCCAACAACGGCGAUGUCAUAUUGGAUGUUCAAGAAGAACCAAAUCAACCUCGCGACGAUGAUGUACCAGUAUUGAUAUGGCGCAUGAAUGGACAACUUUCAGAUCACCAUCUAUCCGACAUCUUGCGUGUACUGCCUCGAGAACAAGGCAUUCAACAAUACUCAUUGUCAGAUAUCCCACGACAUAGCCACAUGUCUCCAAUUAUGGGCAUUCAUCAUCCCCAGCUAUUUAUUCAGUGGAUAUGUCAAUUUCUCCAUCACUGUUUUCGAUCCAUCUUUUCAUCAAGGAAAUAA